AUGAUAGUGAGAAGGCGUGGCUGGCUUUCGCCAACGCCUCCCCGCUUGCCAACUUUGCCGGAAGCGGAACACAACAUUUACAAUGGCAGCGUCCAUGAGAAACGUGUAUUUCGCUACUUCGCGUUUCGCUCUAAAAUUUUGCGGAUUUUGUCCAAAAAAGAAAAUCUUAGUUCUUUGGAUUUUGAGAAAGUAGAAGAUAAAGUUACCUCGCUGGUAUGGACACAAGAUGUCAGGAAAAAAACCAGGAUAGGAGAUCCACAAUACAGAGUUGACUAUAAAGCUCUUCUUGAUACUGUGGGUAUUGAGGAACAGGAAGACAUCAGGCAAUAUCUCACUAAGGAACAAGAUAUAGAAGUAGUUCUUUCAGAGAAAAAUGCAUUGCUCAUUGGAGUGAAUGUGGAUGCAUUCAACAAGCAAGUCCUGCAGACUGUACAAGAGGAAGGAAUACAUUAUGGAUACUCUCUACCAGUAAAUAACAAUGCUGACAAGGUCAAACAGACUGUAUUAGUGGAGUACAGUUCACCAAAUAUAGCAAAGCCAUUUCAUGCAGGACAUCUCCGUUCCACAAUCAUUGGCAACUUUGUGGCAAACCUCUAUGAGAGUACUGGAUAUAAUGUGCAGAGGAUAAACUGGCUCGGUGAUUGGGGCACACAAUUCGGACUACUUGCUCUUGGCUUCCAACGCUAUGGGAAUGAGGAGCUUUUGAAGCUCGAUCCUUUGUUACAAUUAUUCAAGGUUUAUGUACAAAUUAACAAAGAUGUUGAGGAUGAGAAAAACAGCCAAACAGCUUCAAAGAGCACUUACAAACAUGGUUUGGAGAUAUUCAGCAAACUUGAAGCAGGUGAUCAAGAACUGUUAAGGCUAUGGAAAAUCUUCCGAGACCUGAGUGUCAAGGAGUACAGCAAGAUGUAUCAGCGUUUAGGUGUAAGCUUUACGGACACCCAUUUUGAAUCUGACUACAGUGAAAAAGUAAAGGAUGUGUUGACCUUGCUUCGGGAGAAAGACCUUGUACAGUUUGACCAGGAUGGAGUUGGAUUUAUGUCUGUGGAUGAUCAAGGCCAGCACAUUAAGGCCACCCUGAUGAAAAGCGAUGGUUCAUCUCUGUACUUAUCCAGGGAUGUGGCUGCAGCACUGGACAGGCAAAAGAGGUUUAACCCUGACCAUGUCCACUAUGUUGUUGAAGCUGGCCAACAGUUGCAUUUCCGACAGCUUGUGGGCGUUCUGCGUGAGCUAGGUGUACAAUGGGCGACCCGACCUGUUGAGAAUAUACAUAUCAAAUUUGGGCGUAUUGAAGGGAUGAGUUCUCGGCGAGGCAGCGUGGUUUUUCUUCGUGAUAUCCUUGAUGAAGCAAGAGAUCGCAUUGCAGACUCUAUGCAUACAAGGAAAACUACAAAAAUUGUGAAUGAACUGGAAGUGGCUGACAGACUGGCAGUUAGUGCAGUGGUGGUACAGGACCUGAAAGGACAGCGGCUUAGUAAUUAUAAUUUUUCUUGGGAUCGUAUGCUGAACUUUUCAGCUGAUUCUGGCAUAUUCAUUCAGUAUGCUCAUGCUCGACUCUGUAGUAUGUUGAGGUCAUGCGGCAUUCAGAAGACAGCAGAUGUUGAUGUUACUUGUCUUCACGACGAUGUGGCUUUCCAACUGAUGCUUAUUAUAGCUAGGUAUCCUGAAGUUGUGCAGGGUUCUCUGACAACUCUAGAGCCAUGCAACAUUGUACAGUAUUUGUUGAGAUUAUGUCAUCUCAUUAAUGCAGCAUAUGCAACGCUUCCUGUAAAGGGGGAAGACACAGGUGUGGCUCAGGCCCGUCUGUUGAUGUUUGACUGUGCAAAACAAGUACUGAGCAAUGGACUGCAGUUGAUUGGUCUGAAACCAGUCACAGAAAUGUAACAAAUGAGUGUUUCUUUUUCUCAAAGAUGAGUAAUCAUGUCAUCAUUAAUUGAUAAUUUUUUUCUGAGACCUUGUAUACCAAAAAUUUAUGGAAAUCUCAGUUUUUAUUCACCUAAAUAAAGCAGGUGCCAAUGUGUUACUUUGCCUGUCCCACUUUCACAUAAUUUCUAGUCCAAAUCACUGAAAUAUAAUGUAUAUUUCUUAGACAAAAACAUGUAGUGUGACCACCAUCUUGUAAGAUUAUGGUAAUGAUGCUAGAAAUCAGGUAUAUAUGUGAUAUGAAUGCUUAUGGCACUAAACUGGUGAUGACCAGAAGUGAACGUUUAACAGAAAUGUGUACUUCGUCAUCUUAUUAUCUUUUUUAGUCAUUGGCUGAGGGUAAAUAAAAUCAGAACCAGUGAA